AUGACUGAUAAGGAUACUGCCGUGAUGCACCUAGAGGACCUCCCAGGUCAUGGAGCCUCUGCCGACGAUUUAGAGUUUCUGUCGAAUUUUCCACCCGAGGCAAAGAAGAAGGUUCUCAGAAAGGUAACUAUGCGACUCGUACCAAUGUUUGUCCUUUUGUACUUGGUUGCAUAUAUAGACAAAACCAAUAUCGGAAAUGCCAAAAUCGAGGGUUUACUUCCAAGUCUACACAUGAGCGGCAUACAAUACAAUAUUGCCUUGUCUAUCUUUUUCAUACCUUAUGUUCUAGCUGAGGUACCAAGCAACAUAAUACUUAACCGACUCAAGAGACCGUCACAGUAUUUAGGGCUCCUAAUAUUCUGCUGGGGUGUGAUCAUGCUUUGCACGGGCUUUGUUCGCAAUUUUGCCGGCCUUGUGGUGAUUCGAUUCCUUCUGGGUCUUUUCGAGGCUGGAUUUCUGCCAGGUGCUGUGCUAAUCAUAUCGAAAUGGUAUCUUCCAAACGAAACACAGACUCGCAUCGCUAUUCUCUACACAUCUGCUGCUUCUGGUGGAGCCUUUUCCGGUCUCCUGGCAUAUGCUAUCGCCAAAAUGGACGGAAUAGCAGGCUACGAAGGUUGGCGCUGGAUCUUCAUCAUCGAGGGUCUUGUGACAGUUUUCAUGGCCGUUCUCUGCUACCUGCUCCUUCUGGAUUCCCCAUCUUUAUCCCCCAACUGGCUUUCACAAGACGAGAUUCGAUACCUCGAGGUACGACAGCUCGUUUCCAAUAAUCAUAGUGGUCACCAUGAAGGCUUCAACAAGAAGAUAAUCUUCAGCGUCCUGACCGAUUGGAAAAUCUAUCUCCUCAUACUUGGUAAUUGGUCCAAUGCCGUCCCCAACUACGCACUCAAAUUCAGUAUGCCUGAAAUCAUCAAAUCAAUGGGGUAUAAGUCAGCUACGGCCCAGCUUAUGACAAUUCCGCCUUAUACAGUCGGCGCGAUAUCAGCUUACGGCUUCUCCGUGUUCGCUGAUCGCUUUUCAUGGCGAAUGCCAUUUAUCGUCAUCCCCCAGUGCUCGCUCAUAGCUUCAUUUGGCAUUCUGUUUUCGAAAGCCGCCAGCAUCGAGAAUAAUAUAGCACUAUGCUACUUUGCGAUUUGCCUUGCUUGCUUUGGAAUGUAUCCCAUCCUUCCUGGUGUUAAUGCCUGGAAUGUGUGCAACAUUGUUAAUCCGCACAAGCGUGCUGUGGCUAUUGGUUAUCUUAUCUGCGUUGGGAAUGCGGGUGGUAUCAUUGGCAGUUAUAUUUAUAAAUCCGAUGAAAAACCCCGAUACCCUACUGGCUAUGGCACCUCUCUAGCAUUCGCUGCUGCUGGACUCGUGGCUGCCUUGAGUUUGGAGUUCUGUUUAUGGAGCGCUAAUAAGGGCAAGGCUCGGUUGACUCUGUCUGAGAUUGAGGAACUGUAUACUGAGGAGCAGCUUCGCGAUAUGGAAGAGAAGAGUCCUCUUUUCAAGUAUACUCUGUGA